CGACGCCCCGGUGGACCUUCAGAGCGGUACACGAGUAGAAAUUCAUUGGAAGCGAGGACGGCAUCUUCCAGGAAUAUUCUCGGCAACUUCCACACCCUGAAAAUCCCCCCAACGUUGCGCGACCGCCCCUCGAAGCAAUGGCACUAGCCGCCUACAGACACCUUCUUCGAGCCACGAGGAUUGCCUUUGCAGGUGACUUUCCACUUCUCCAUGCAGCCAGGAGUCAGGCUAGAGCUGGCUUUCAGAAUAUGAGUUCCUUGGACCCCUCAUCCGACGAAGCUGUCAAGGCUAUCGCCCAUGCAGAGGGCGUUGUUGAGGUCUUGAGACACAAUGUAGUUCAAGGAAAGCAGGUCGAGGGCUCUGAUGUUUUGAAAUUGAACAUACACAAAGACACUGAAAGAGGCGACAACGAUACUGUUAAGAAUCCUCUCGGAAAAGGUGGCAAGGUCAAGGUGAUUGGCGGGUCAUAAUCCCAAUCGUCUUUUUGAUUUGCUACGAUACCCGAUCCUAUCUCCCUCCGUCAUAAAAAUCGUCGACAAUGAUGGGAAUUGUCUCAAUACAACGCCUCGCUCAGGAAAUACAUAUGACAUCUCGGCGGAGUGACCUCAAUCACCUGCGAGACUUGCAUAUGUGACGGCACCCUGGCCGGGGGGAGGUGCAACCACGACUCUCGAGUCGGCCUCUUGCUCAGUCUCCGCUCCAACUUCUCCGCCAGAUGUGAUUGCCGGACGUCCCGCCUGACUGGAUUUGAUCGCUGCAGCGGUUUGUCUGCCUUCUCUGGCCCAUUCCAUCCGCUGGUCCCGGUCGGUGUUGUCGAGAGGUUUUGGCUUGCCCCAUCUCACUCUCAAAGGGCAACCUUGAAUAACGGCUUUACCUUGACAAUGGGCGGCAGCGGCUUCGGCUCCUUCUCUGGAAGCAUAAUUGACAAACGCACAAUGGGCUCGAUGGGAACAGACCAACGAACGAAUCUGGCCGAAAGGUGUAAAGAACGUUCGAAGAGCGUGUUCUGGUAGAUCAUCCUCCACGCCAGUGACGAAUAGAGAGGUGACGUUGGGGUCGGCGGGCGGUAGAUAGUCUUCGGGCUGUGGCGGUCGUGCUGGGCCAGGCACGGUUCUCGCGCCGCCAGGACCUGAUCGAGAUCCACGCUGCGAAUUCCCUCCCCUUCUCUGAUCGGAAGUGCGUAUGGGACCUGGGCCGGAAGAGCCUUGCUUUGUAACACUAGAACUUUCACCUUCUUCUGCUUCCAGUCUUCGUUGUUUCUUGUAGUAUGGCUCGCUGUUAGCAAGAC